AUGUCCAACCAAACCACCCUGACCGAGUUCCUUCUUCUGGGAUUCUCUGACGUUCGGGAGCUGCAGAUUUUGCACUUUGUGGUGUUCCUGCUGAUUUACCUGGCAGCCCUGAUGGGGAAUCUUCUCAUCAUCACAGCCGUAGCCCUCAACCCCCAUCUUCAAACCCCCAUAUACUUCUUCCUGGUGAAUCUGUCUAUCCAAGACUUUGGCUCCAUCUCCGUUACUAUCCCCAAAUCCAUGGCCAACUCCCUCAUGAAAACCGGCGUGAUUUCUUAUCCUGGAUGUGUCGCCCAAGUAUUUCUCUUUAUCCUCUUCGGUGCAACUGAUCUUGCCUUACUCACCAUCAUGGCAUACGACCGAUAUGUCGCCAUCUGCCAACCACUGCACUAUGAGAGAGUGAUGAACAGGAGAGCUUGUGUCCAAAUGGCAGCCAGUGCCUGGAUUACUAGUAUUGUCUACUCUGCCCUGCACACUGGCAACACCUUCAGGUUACCCUUCUACCAGUCCAAUGUCAUCAACCAGUUCUUCUGUGAAAUCCCCCAACUACUCAAGCUCACCUGCUCUGACUCAUACCUAAGUGAAGUUUGGGCUCUUGCCUUCGGUGUGUUUUUAGGGUUAAACUGCUUUGUUUUUAUAAUUGUGUCUUAUGUUCAGAUUUUCAAAACUGUGUUGAGAAUCCCUUCUAAGCAGGGACGUCAUAAAGCCUUCUCCACCUGCCUGCCUCACCUCACUGUGAUCUCUUUGUUGCUUUUCACUGGCAUGUUUGCCUACCUGAAACCCACCUCCAGCUCAGCAUCAGGUCUGGACCUUGUGGUGGGUGUUCUCUAUUCCCUGGUGCCUCCAGUGAUGAAUCCCAUCAUCUACAGCAUGAGGAACAAGGGGAUCAAAGCUGCUUUGAAGAAACUGAUUGUGUGGCGGUUAUUCACCAAGAGUUAAAAUCUCCAUCCCUGCAACUUGAAUGUGAUUUCAUUCUGAGUUUCUUUGUAGAUAUAAUCAACAGAUGACAAAAUUGUCUCUUUGAGAACAUAGGGUGGAAUCUGUUUAUGAAAUCACAAAAUCUGGACUAGCUUCACUGAAGUCAUAUGAGUUAGUAUAAGAUUCCACCAGUGUACAUAAGAUCAGAAUCUAUAUAUGUAGGCACCUAUCUAUCUAUCAUAGGGAUUUAUAGGGCUCCUGUAGCCUGGGGUAUGAGAGGUUUGGCUUGUGUGUUUGCUUGUUUCUUUUUCAUUUUGUUUGAUUUUGUUGAUUCAUUCGUUGACUUGUUUCUUUGUUUCAGGUGGCUUUUUGCGGGGAGGGAGGAGCUUGGGAGGGUGGAGUAUGUUGGACUAAAUGGUGAUAUCCACUUAUUUUGUCAUCUAUUCAAGGAGUCAAUGUCAGAAUCGAUGGGGUUUUCUGAGAGACUUGAAGUUUUGCUUUCCGCAUUGAUGAAGAAUUGAAAAAAAGUUUCUGCUGGUGUCUGUUCAAGUGAUAAUUUUAAUGCUG